UAGCCUAACAGUUUUGCGGGCGAAAAAUGGGAGUAAUGGCUAUGAUAAGACAUUUGCUCAUCCAAUUCACGAGGUGUGCCGAUUCGGUGGAGCCGAGCUUCACUCGGUUGCUGCCCUUCUUGGUGGACUUGCCGCUCAGGAGGUGAUCAAGUUGGUAACGCAUCAAUUUGUGCCCAUCACUCGCCCCUUGAUCUAUAACGCGAUCACUAGUGAGACCUACCUGCUUGAGCUUACUUGA